AUGGUAUCAACACUGGCAUCCCUCCGAGUUGAUACUAGUCCCGCCUCAGGAGUAAGUCAAGACUCACGGCUCACUGCAACUUCUUCCGCCGAACCCAACGGGCGAUUUUCCUCGUACAGUCUCACGCGUGGUCGCACGGUGUCCCCGGUGAUCAGUAACUACUUCGGGAUACCCCCUGACCGCGGAACCGAAAGGUCAAUUUCAACGUCAUUGUUCGGUGGACAGGCAUCUCAAAAUCAAGAAGACCCCGAUGCCAAUGAGCUACGAUUUUGGGGCAAGAGAUUCAAAUAUGGAUAUGGUCUACUUGGUCAUGAGAAUGAAUCGAUCAACGGCGCGUCAGACGCCGAAAGCGGAGAAGAUGACGAAAGUACAUCAGCGGAUAGUGCCUCGGAAGACGAGAACGAGAGAGUGGAAGACGAGGAGGACGAAGACGAAGCCGAGGGGAUUGAUAUAUUCGGACAUCGAUGA